AAGAUUGCUGAUUUCGAUCUGUCGAAUCAAGCCCCUGAUGCAGCAACGCGUCUUCAUUCUACCCGUGUUCUUGGAACCUUUGGUUAUCAUGCUCCAGAAUAUGCAAUGACCGGAAACCUCUCUCCAAAUAGUGAUGUUUACAGUUUUGGAGUCAUACUGUUGGAACUCUUAACCGGGCGUAAACCUGUUGAUCAUACACUGCCCCGAGGACAACAAAGCCUUGUGACAUGGGCAGCACCGAGGCUUAAUGAAGAUAAGGUGAAGCAGUGUGUUGAUGUUAGACUAAAGGGAGAGUACCCUUCCAAAGCAGUUGCCAAGAUGGCUGCUGUUGCUGCACUCCGUUACAAAAGCAUAACUAGUUGA